GCGAUGCCUAAAUAUCUCAGGCCUUUACUGUUAAACAGCUCAACUUGCAUAUUAUGAUCCUUUUUCUUUUUGUUUUCUUUUACCAAAUUCUGUAAAAUUAGCCUUCUGAAAAGUGAGUAACCUCGAGUUAAAAUAUGAUGGCUUCUUUUUUGUGAAUCAGUUGGAUGAAGUGGAUAUGGGAAUGACAUAUGAGGAACUGUCGGUAUAUGGAAGGUUGCGUAAGAUCUUCCGAUGUGGUCCUGUAUCCAUGUUUAAGAAUCUCUGUUAUAAAUGGGGUGCAAAGCUAACUCCCGUAGAGGUGGCUGAGAAAGUGAAGCAUUUCUUCAAGUACUAUUCCAUUAACAGACACAAAAUGACUGUACUGACACCAUCUUAUCAUGCUGAGAGUUAUUCACCAGAGGACAAUAGAUUUGAUCUUCGCCAAUUUUUAUAUAAUGCAAGAUGGCCAUAUCAAUUUCGCAAAAUUGAUGAGCUUGCACGUGAUCUUGAUGGUGAUAAAGUUGCAAUAACGAAGUCAACCGACCAGGAGAAAGCAGAUGGAACCACAAAUGGGGGUAUGGGUGUUGUGGCAGCAGGAUCAGGAGAUCCAAGAGCUGGCUUUUAGUUGUGGUUUAUCUUGAACGAACUGGUCAACUUUGUUGCGCCAGAUCCUUGGUGCUUUCUCCUUUCCUUUCCUUUCCUUUAUAUCGCUUAAUGCCUAAUCUGGUAUCCAGUUUAAGUCCGUUAACAUUUAAUCACGCACAAAAUGCAAUCUAACAUUUGACAUUCAUUUCAAUGUAAACAAUUCUUCCUGUCCAGCUCAAUUAAGUGCGAUUUGAAAUUUUUUCGACCAA